GAUAAGUACACAACCAAAACAAACUUUUUGCAGGGAUACCAGAUAUGCAGGCUUAUAGUUUUUAUUAAUGUAGUAAUUCGGUUUAUUCGCGUUGAAAGAGAUUUCGAAGGCUGUUCGCACCUACGUGAACUCUCAAACCAAACGAAUAUCAGCAACACCGUCAACGCCAAUAAUAAUGAACAGAUAAUGACACAUCCGGCGGGUGCAGAUUUGAGUUCGGGUCUCUUAAGAUCGUACAAUUUUUUUCAAAACGUGUGGAAAUUUUUGCAGAUAUUUGCCGAAACAACCUUAUAUUUUAGAAUUUCAAGCAGUUUUUCGGAACUCUAUCAAUUCAAACAUUUGAAAAAAUCUGGAGUCUCUGCUCUACAUAGUUGGAGCUGUAAACAAAAGAUUUACAAAAUUGUUAGUUUAUAAAAUUUCUGCUAAAAUAAUGUACUAAUAGUAAGAAAAAAACAAUGAUAUCAUUACGCCAACGCUCGACGAUUUCGCAGUGGGCGUAUCAAUUAAUCAGGACGUUAUCAUUAUCAACUGUCCGGUGUAUAUCCGGUAAAGAAAUCCUAAACAAAGUUGAUUCAUACAGUAGAAUUAAAGUCAAAUGCAAUUACAAUCUAAAAAUUGUCCCCUACGACCUGCUUGACUGCCCCGAUUCUAACCUGCUGAAAAUUAUUGUCCCUAAUACGGACCGAGAACCCGAAGUAAAAAUCAGCGGAAAGGAUGUAUCGAUUGUGGACAGCGGAGAUGCUCCUGUAAGCUGUUUUUUGCAGAUACCGAUUAAAGCUGAUCUGGCUGUGGAAAAUUUAGGAAAUACGACAAUUUCAGAACUGUACAGUGACACAGUUUACGUUCAGUCAGGAGGAAAUAUAGAUACUAAAAAUCUUCGCUGUACAGGAAUAAAUGUACGCAGUAACGGCGGAGACAUUUCAUGCCGGGGAACAACAUUAGCACAAACCGUUUCCGUGCUAACAGGUGGUGAAGGGAAGAUUCUUCUGGAAAAGCUGCAGGGUGAUGUAUUCGAAGCAGAAAGUAAUCUCGGCUCGAUCACUGUGAAUUCUAGCUACUCCAACAGUGCGAGCUUUAAAACUAGUCAGGGCGAUUUAUUGCUUAAAAAUGUCCAUAAGAGCUGCACCGUUCUCUCCGAAGGUAGUGGAAAGCUGGUUAUGAAUGGUUUUUACGGUACUCUUCAAGUGGAAGUUGGCAGCCGAGAAGUUAGCUUACAGCUAUCGGAAAUCCAUGGGCAAUCUAAAGUUAUAGCCAAAGCAGCAAAGGAUUUUUGUUUAGCGGUAAGCGAGAAUGUAAUCGAGAAUGCAAAAGUUUUCGUAAAUAGUGAGCUGCUCGAGUUGGAACCCGAGCUAGACGGGACUCAAAUAAGCACCAAGUCUGUAGACUCAUUAGGGGUUGAGGCCCAGUCGACUGAGAAUACACUGCAAAUUUGUAGUGGAGGUUUAGUGCGAGUUAAGAAAAUGUCCUGGAUGGAUACGUUUGGAUUCUCGGUGGAGAAAGAUUAGAAACGUAAAAGUUAUAAAGUUAAUAAACGCAGCACUGAUGUCAUACGUA